AUGACAACAGUUAUACCACUUGAGCAAGAGACAAAUUAACUUAAAGCAUCUAGCUAGCCAAAUGAGGUUGCAAUCGAAGACUAUGAUGAGUUCCGAAGACCCCCAAUUUUGGAAAUAUGUCAUAAACACCAAGUAUCUGAUUUUAUGAAUUUAGUCGGCCACAUAAUUUGCUAUAGCAGAUACUAAAGUUGAUUUAAAUAAGAAUAAUUUAUGUCCUUGUUGUGGAUAACCUGUUAUUCUUACUUAAUUGCCAUUGACAGCAUCUAUUUUAGAUUUCAGUUUCAAUGGACCUGGAGUUUCCUUGUAUUUCGAUUUCUUGAUGUUUAGUUCAAUAUUGAUUUCCACAUUUAUGUAUGGUUAAUAGCAAAUAUCAUAGAAUCAUAUGUGGAAUCUAUGAUUUAAUAGCCAGUUCUUUGGGAGAUACAUGCGAGAUAUUGAAUAAUUCAGGAAUAUUAGAAUGCACUAAUAAUUUCUAUAGCAAAUAUGCUAAGGCUAAUCAAGAUAAUAAGGAUGUGGAUAUAGCAGGAAGUGUGUUAAACUUUCUUACAACAUUAGUCUUAAUAGUUCUGUUAUUUUUAUACAGAAAACGAAUAAAUAUUUUGGCUAAUAAAAUCGAUGAAAAGAGUAUAUUGGCAUCAGAUUAUUCUAUAAUUGUUGAAAAUAUUCCAAGAGAUGCAAAAGAAGAAGAGAUUAGAUAAUUCUUUAGUAAAAUCAACAAUCGAGAGUAUAAAAUACAGAAGAUUUGUAUGGGAUUUUAGAUCCAGGAGUACUUACGAAUUCUAAAACAGAAGCAGGAUCAAGAGAAGACUUUUACUAAGAUUUUAGAAUGUGAAAGAUUAAAUAAGCCCAUUCCUCCUCAAUUACCAAAUAAAGUUGAUUUAACUUAAACCCUGGAUCAAUUAGCAAAUCAAUUGGAUUUGUAUGAAUAGAACUUUUAAACUUCUCUUCAAUUUAGUGGUGUAGCUAUCAUCUCAUAUAAUACAGAGGAUGAAGCUAAUGCAGUCUGUAAAUUCUUCAGAGCCACUAGAUUGCAUCUUAUACUAUCUCAAGUUAUGAGAGUAAUUGGUAAAAGAGAUAUCAGAAGAUUUAGAGAUAAUGUAAUCGUAGUGUCAAAAGCACCUGAGCCUGGAGAUAUCUUAUGGGGCAAUUUGGGAGUGACAUUAUUAGAACAAUACAAAAGAAAAUUGAUAACAAAUUUAGCAACAAUAUUUUUGCUAGGAAUUUGCUUUGGCAUUUUAUUUGGAUUAUCUUAUGGUUAAUUUUCAAUGACAGAUACAGGAAAAGGAGAGGAUUUAUCAUAGGCAGAAAUUGUAGCGAUUACAGUUUUAGGAGUCGUUGCUUCUGUUUUAAUUUCAAUUAUCAAUAACAUAUUGGCUAUUAUUAUUAGGAAAUUUGCUGAGUUAGAAGCUCCAGCAACAAAAACUGAGUAUGACAUCAGUGCUGCAAAGAAAUUAGGGUUUGCUUAGUUUCUGAAUACUGCAAUAAUAACACUAAUUGUUAAUUUGGUGAUUAUAAAGGAGGGAGAAAAAUCUUACUUUGCUGUAAUCAAACAAGGAGGUUUAAAUUAGGAUGUCAUGUUGAUUUUUAUAACUAAUGGAAUAAUGCCUUGGUUAACCAACUUGUUUGACCCAUUCUACUUGUACAAGUUGUUUAUGAGGUACCAAGUUAAAGUUUAAGGUUAAUCGUGUAAUGUAACCUAAUAAGAAGCGAAUGAGUAAAGCUAUAAGAUCUAUUAUCUAGAUAUUUUGCAGGUCCCAUCAUAGAUUUAUCAAAAAAGUAUGCGUAAUUGGGGAAAACCUUGUUGUUCACAUUCUUUUAUGCCUACCUACUCCCACUUGGACCACUGCUUUCUUUGGGGUCAUUGCUGAUGAUCUAUUGGGUGGAGAAGAUCUUAUUACUCAGAAGAGAUUCAAAGCCAGCCCCAACGGGAAGUGAGAUGGCAGAGGAGAUGAUCGACUUUUUCGGAGAAUUCACACUCUUGCUUUAUGCAGUAUUACUAUAUUACGAAUUAGAUCGGGUGCCUGGUUUGGGAAUCAAUUUUAAAUGAAACCAUAUUUCCGUUAACUUGGGUUCAAUUUGCAAUAGCCAUUUUGAAUUUCUUAAUCCCCAUAGAUACUAUUUUUGAUAUAUUUUGGAAAACUGAGGACAUUUCUACGCAAGAGUUCUAUGAAACCUAAUGCUACAAGUUCUGGGAUGAUUACGACAGGAGAAAUCCGAUAACUGCUGAAAAGGCCAUUGAAACAUUUUUUAAAAGUACAACGGCAGGACAGUAGUAAUAAUAGGUGGAUGGGAGGGGGAAUGUUGCCAUAAUGAUGCAGGAUUACAAGAAGUAGGAUAAGAAGAAGAAGUAUAAGAACAAGCAAAAGAACGAGGAUUGA